UCGAAGAGAGUCGCACUCCCUUGCUACCAUCACUCCAGCGAGCACCUACCACUUGCUCGCUCCCAGACACACAUACACCACCACGGAUCUUAACCUCCCCUCCAUCUCCAAACUGGGAUCCUCAGACAUGAUUGUAGCGGCGUGGGUUCUCCUUACCACCCUCACUUGGUGUUGCCAAGCCCACGCAGCCCCCGUGCCGCCCGUGGUUGCCGCCCUCGACCCACCCACUGAUGCCCUCUUACCCGCCCAGAGCCAAGAAGAUGACCUGUUCGCCCUCCCAGAAAAAAGAUUAUUGAAGUACUUCCUCCCCGCCAGCCAAGCAUGGGGUGGUGACGCUUACCCCAUCGGCCAGGAAGGCACCAAGCGUGGUUAUAGUGACAGGAACUAUCUCAGGUUCGGUCGUAGUGAUGAUAACAGCAAGAGGAGCGGCCGUAACUUCCUCAGAUUCGGUCGAUCAGACACCAACGACUACGAAGGAGAAGAGAUGCCCGAGUCUCCUGAAAAGCGAAACCGCAACUUCCUCCGCUUCGGCAGAGACCAGAACCGCAACUUCCUCAGGUUUGGACGUUCAGGAUCACCCAUGGAAUUCGCCACCGACCUUCAGGAGGAUGUAGAACUACCUGUAGAAGAAAAGAGAGGCGCCCAUAAGAACUACCUUCGCUUCGGCAGGGGAAACAGGAACUUCUUGAGGUUUGGCCGUGGUGACCGCAACUUCCUUAGAUUUGGCCGCUCCGUCGACCGUCAGCUGAGCUCCCUCUCCUGUGAAGAUUGUGACGAGGAACAGAAAGCCCGCGAAUUCACCUCCACUCCCUCUCCCACCACCAUCCAGCCUCUGGCCCGCACCAAGCGUGACGUGUCUGCAGUCCUCAGCGACGACAGCAUCGAGUCCUCUGUGUUGAGGCAAAUUAAUGCUCACCGCAUCAAGAGAGCCGCCGCCCAAAACUUCUACAUCCCUAUGGCCUGGGCCAGUGAACUACAGCCCGAGGAGGACGGCAUCGACGUCACAUCCUUCGAGGAACCACAAGUAGCCAAACGCUUCAGCCAUGAUCGUAACUUCCUCAGAUUCGGCAAGCGAGAUGGCUCUGAUGACUACCCCUCUUCCUCCUCCUCUGCUGAGUCUCCCGCACCAGUGGUAGUGGUGAGGCCCGUCGAGUACCCCCGCUAUGUGAGGGCGCCUUCCAAAAACUUCCUCAGGUUCGGUUGAACUGGAGAAGAUGAUGAUGACUUCCACCCUUACCUCAGACCUCUCCUACCCCCUAGUGAUCCUCUGGACCUUACGACAAUACCCAUGUAUACCCUAGUGUAACCUGCCUCAAUGUUUGCUACCAUUAUUAUCUUUUUCGAUAAUGACGAAUGAUUCCUCCCCAUCCUCUCCAUUUACACUAUAAUAAUGUACACAAGUUAUGGGAGAUCAACGUCAAAAGCUCAGUGAUUUGGAAGUUCAGCCAAUUUAUAUACUGUAUCUAUAUUAAUCAGUAAACUGUGUUAGUCAGACCAGGAAAUAAAGCAUUAAAGUUGGUGAUCUAUAUAUAUAUGCAGAUGAUAACUACAUACCCAUCAACCCUACAUGCAGUAACAGCGCUGAUAACAUUGAGAUAAAUGGAUUACUGUGUCUCUGAGUGUACAAGUAGUGUGUCUGUGUGAACAUUGUACAUAAACUCCUGUGAGCCUCGGACAGGGCAAGUUAGCAGGCACUCGAGUGUGGGGUGUUGCUACCUAUAAGAAAUAUAUUUUUACUUAGAACAUUAUUUAACCUAUAUGUAGGAAUAUAUAUUUCUACUUAUGAAAUUACUUUAGUUAUAUGUACAAAUAUAUAUUUUUACUUAUAAAACUACUUUAGUUGUAUGUAUAGAUGUAUAUUUUACUUAUAUUUAAGUUACAUAUGUAAAUAACUAUUUUUUUACUUGUGUUAACUAAGUUCUAAAGACAUACGAACGUUGUGUUAUCACUAAGAGUUCUAAGGUUAUUUACUUGACCCUAGUACAGUAUAGUGUUACACCUUGGAGGUGCUUUAGUUCUGACAAAGGCUGGAUAUCUUUGUGAAGAUCAUCAUAUAGUUUAUUUUUUUACCUCUGUUCCAUUAUUACUUCUAGAUACUUCAACCGAGUGAUAUUUAAAUCUAGUCAAUAAAUGACCUGUUGCUACUGUUUGAAUUGUUUUUAAUCAUAUUGCCUUAAUCCCUGUUACGCCUCUACCGGGUACAGUACAGUAUAUCAUUACUACAUAUCCGUAUUGCAAGUUGGCAAUUACUUCAAAUACUCGUCAAGUAGUGAAUACAUCAUUAUUGUUAUUAUUAAGUGUACAUGGCUGGUGUUAUAUAUCAUUAGGCAGUUGGGUGUGUUCGGAAGAAGGAAUUUUUGAUCAGGUUCUGUAUUUCAUUUGCCAAUCAUAAUAGUCCACGGUUGCAAGAAGACUAGCUGUUGGUCGACGAUACAAGCCUGCAAAUUGAUGAGUGGAAAUCCUUGAUAAAAAAAAAGCCGAUCUGAUCAAAACAUUACAUUCCGACACGCUCAAAAAUGCGAUAAUCAUAAACUAUUUUGUUGGAAAUUUGUCCUUUGAGACACCGAGGAGGGAUCGAGUGCCCGCCAACUCGAAUGUCAUGAGUGAGCGUUAUACCCGUGUUAGCAGGAGACCCGUACCGUGUGUGAGGGCGUGAGAGAGCAGUUGUGGCUCCCUCUUGUCAGUGUCACAAUACUACACACUGGCUGAGACAUAUUAAACCGUAAUCCCUGUUGGUUUUAUCUCGGGAACAGUGACGAAGCAACAACCUGUUUCUUAGUCUGGGAAUAUUUAUUAAAGUUAUUGAUGCUAUUCAUAUGAGGUGAAAAUUAAGCAGUUACCCGUUUUCUGAUAUUUUUAAAGCUGAGAUGAAAAUUUGAAGACGCAGUAACAUUAAUUUUCCUAGGUACGAGUAUUUAUAUAACUUGAAACUAGGAGAAAACAAUGAAGCAAUGACCCCGUUUUUUUAUAUAUUUUAUGUGGUAAUAGUUGUUGGAGUUUCAUUAGAGAGAUGCCUGAUACUAUUGAAGGAAAAACAGAAGCGGGGACUCAGUUAACACCAUUCUUGGCGCGACAUAUAGAGUCAACCCUGCAGUUUGUUGAAAUAAAUGUUUAUUUCUCAA